GUGAACGACGAUAAUUCAUCUCUAUGGUUACAAACCAUACGCAUGAUAAAAUGUAAAUUAAUCUAUUAGAUAGUUAAAAAAAAAAAAUGAACUAUGGUUUACCAUUCCAAGAUUGGGAUAUCGAUAUGUACAGAAGCCGUGCCUUAAAAUUGGGUUUUGCUUCUCAAGCCGAAGAGGAAGUGCAAUCGUCCUACGACAAGGAAAAAUUGUUGAUCGUCAUAGCUCCCUGUUGGAUCGUCCUGGAGGCCGCGAACGACUAUAUGUUCGUCGUGAAGAAGGAUAUCUACCGCCGCUUGGUCGAUGUCAAUCAGUUCUUGAGCGACUUCUUCCAUUUUCAGUUCUAUAGUGAAUCGAUUCCCAGGACUUUAUACUUCAGAGACUUGGAUCCUUACGUGAUGAGCGUCUGCUGCAAGUACUUACACUGGAAAUUAAAAAAUAGAACGGCACAAGAACGCCCAGGGUUCAUCUCCAAUCCGAUUUUGUUUAACCAGGUCUUGGAUGCGGCCAAAACGUUGGGAAUAGUCCCCAUUGAUAUCUAGUUGGAACGGUUCCCAGAUCAUCACACAGACAUUAUUAAAAGAUAAAAAUAUUAUGGUAUUAAUUAAAAUCCAUUACAAAAAUGCGUUUUACUUCUU